UACAGACGUGAAGACGCCUCAUCUCCAUCAUCACGGCGUGUCCUGGAGCAGGGAAACACACCAGAACAGGGGGACUCCUGGAUUUAUUUAUAGCAUGCAUGCAUGGCAAUGCUGCAGCAUCCGGCUCGUGGCGCUUAGAUGGUUAAGUGGCACAGGGUGGAGUCUGGGGGAGAGAGGGGCGCACCAGCUGCCACCUUCCCCUCCAUCCAACAUAAAGAGAGAGAGGGAGAGGGAGGGGACGGGACUGACCACUAGAUUACUCUAAGGACUACACUGCUCGUCGGAAAGCCCUAGAAAACUGACCCAAACACACACCUCGACAGGAAUAAAGAGGAGCAAACGCGCACGGACCGCCGCUACACACCCGCAGCCGCCGCACUCUUUUGCGUGUUUUUCCUCUGCGAUCUGUGUGGGUUUUUUUCUCUCUUUCCCUCCUAAUGACACGGAGCGCGUGACUACCAGGAGGAGAGAGUGAAAAGAAGACAGCAAGCCCGACAAGCAGAAACAGAGACAGAAGGUGAGAGAGAGAGAGAGAAAUACCGAUAAAUCGACGGAGGUGCUGUUGGGUUGCGCGCGCUCGCUUGGGCUGGACGGGCUGCACCUUUCCGGGAAACUAAAGCAGGGACAGAGAAACAGACACACACACACACACACAGACUGCACAAAGAAAACACGAGCCAGAAUUAUCUAGACGUGUCUGGCAUUUAUAUUUUUAUGAUUAAUAUUAUUAUAUUUUAAGAGACACCGUAGAAGACCACGACAGGUGCGUGCACUAGCUAUGUGUCCAGUCUCAGGCGUGUACAUCUUGUGAUCUUUUUUUUUUUAAACCCCCACCACAUUAAGAAAAUCUGCCACAUUCCUGCGGCUGGUCAGUUCGCGCGCGCGUGUUCAUGUGUGCGUUGAUUAACGCGCGCGCCACGCACGCACCGCAUCCACACGAACCGAGCCAGACCCGACGCGAGCUCCGCCCCCUCCCCAUCUUUCUCUCCCCGCCCCCUCCACCUCCUCCUCUAUGCUCAGCUCGGUGUGCGUCUCCUCUUUCAGAGGGCGCAAGGGUGGCAGCAAGUCGUGCGCCAAAGCAUGCGCGAGCGCCGACAUGACUUGCCCGUCGGACAGCGAGCGCAUCGUGAUCAACUGCGGCGGCGUGCGGCACGAGACCUACCGCAGCACGCUCCGCACGCUGCCCGGCACGCGCCUCUCCUGGCUCACCGAGCCCGACGCGUGCAGUAACUUCGACUACGACCCCAAGUCGGACGAGUUCUUCUUCGACCGGCACCCGAGCACGUUCGCCUUCAUCCUCAACUACUACCGCACCGGCAAGCUGCACUGUCCCGGCGAUGUGUGCGGCCCGCUCUUCGAGGAGGAGCUCGCCUUCUGGGGCAUCGACGAGACGGACGUGGAGGCGUGCUGCUGGAUGAACUACCGGCAGCACCGCGACGCCGAGGAAGCGCUCGAUAGCUUCGAGACGCCUGAGCCGGACGCGCCGGAGGACGAGGCUGCGGCGCUGGCCGGCGGUGGCGGAGGGGGCGGGGCCGACGGAGACCUCAAGCGGCUGUGCCUGCACGAGGACGGCGGCAAGCCGAGCUGGUGGAGCGUGUGGCAGCCGCGCGUCUGGGCGCUCUUCGAGGACCCGUACUCAUCCAAAUACGCGCGGUACGUGGCGUUCGGCUCGCUCUUCUUCAUCCUCAUCUCCAUCUCCACGUUCUGCCUGGAGACGCAUGAGGCGUUCAACACCAUCUACAACCGCACGGAGAACGUGACGGUGGGCAACGUGACACACGAGGAAGUGGUGUUCGAGGUGGUGACAGACAGCUGGCUGACGUACGUGGAAGGCGUGUGCGUCAUCUGGUUCACCAUCGAGGUGUUCACGCGCGUCAUCUUCUGCCCCGACAAGGCCGAGUUCUUCAAGAGCUCGCUCAAUAUCAUUGACUUCGUGGCCAUCCUGCCCUUCUACCUGGAGGUGGCGCUGAGCGGACUCUCGUCCAAGGCCGCCAAGGACGUGCUGGGCUUCCUGCGCGUCGUCCGCUUCGUCCGGAUCUUGAGGAUCUUCAAGCUCACGCGCCAUUUCGUCGGGCUGCGCGUGCUGGGCCACACUCUGCGCGCCAGCACCAACGAGUUCCUGCUCCUGAUCAUCUUCCUGGCUCUAGGGGUGCUCAUCUUUGCCACCAUGAUUUAUUACGCCGAGAGGAUUGGCGCCGACCCCAGCGACCCCACGGCCAGCGCCCACACCUCCUUCAAGAACAUCCCGAUCGGUUUCUGGUGGGCCGUGGUCACCAUGACUACUCUGGGCUAUGGAGACAUGUACCCUGAGACGUGGUCGGGCAUGUUGGUUGGUGCUCUGUGUGCCCUGGCUGGCGUGCUGACCAUCGCCAUGCCUGUGCCCGUCAUCGUCAACAACUUCGGCAUGUACUACUCGCUGGCCAUGGCCAAGCAGAAGCUGCCCAAGAAGAAGAAUAAACACAUCCCACGAGCCCCGCAGCCCGGCUCGCCCAAUUACUGCAAGCCAGAUGCUCUUGCCAUGGCAACCGCCUCGCCGCACAGGAUCAUGGGUAAUGUGCUGGGCGGCAGCAUAGCAGGGGACUGCCCCCUGGCGCAGGAAGAGAUCAUCGAGAUCAACAGAGCAGACUCGAAGCAAAAUGGGGAUGCGGCUAACGCAGCCCUGGCUAACGAGGACUGCCCAACAAUAGACCAGGUGCUGGGGCCGGACGACAGGAGUCCGGCAACGGGGACCGGGCGCUACCCGCACGACCGCGCCUGCUUCCUGCUCAGCGCCGGCGAGUUCCGCACCACCGACAGCAAUGUCAGGAAAGCUGCUGGCUACGAAAAGUCUCGAAGCCUGAACAACAUUUCCGGGAUGACGGGCGCUCCUCUGCGUCUGACCCCCAUCACUCCCAUCAACAGCGCCCCCUACGAACCUUACGACUCCCCUGGACCUCUGCGCCGCUGCCGUUCCCCCAUCCCGUCCAUUUUGUAGCCAAAAAAAAUUAAUAAAUAUAAAAUAAAAUAAAAUAAAAUCACGCUCCGAAUGCACCGUAGCGUUAAUACUAGUGAUAAUGAUGAUAACUGUUCACAAUGUAGGGGUCACGCUUUUCACUAAGCAAAGUGGGCGGGUCAGGGGGAGGGGGUGGGUAUUGGGGGUAAAGAAUCCCCUGGCUUUAAGCGCUGAAUAAAUCUCACUAGAUAAACUUAAGCUUAAAGUCGCAACACGCUAUAUCAGCAAUACGGAUCUAAAUCUCUGGCUUCCUGAACGGACAAUAAGCUUCCAUCAUUCAGUCACUCGAGCGAGCUGACGGUAGAGACCCUCUGUCCGAUCGCUGGAACCGUAGACCUUUCGCGAUCUUUCAUCUCGGAAUGACGAACUUAGGCGACUCUAAUGCAUGCGAGUAUAAACUAAUCAAUUUAAACCACUCAGUAAACGACUGAAGAUUCGUCUUAUAUCAAACAUACGCUCGUCCAGAGGGAGGUCUUCCUGCAGCAGGAAAGCGGGACAUUCUGUUUUUGGGUUAAACGCAGCCCUGGUAUAUAUACAUAUAUAUAUAUACACACAACAACAACGACAACAAGAAGGACACGUGCAUCGUCUCAUCAGCAUGACUCGUUCAUUUUUAAUACAACGAUUUUAUUAUCAAGUCGAUGACGUGUGAUCGCGGCCCCGUAGGCGAGCGCCUGAGGAAAAACGGAAGCGCAUAUUAACUGUAAGAAGUACUCUAUUUUUGUAUCAGGCUUUUGGGACACUGCAAUACAGACUGAGCCGAGGGACGAAACUCACCUUUCUGCAUGGACGCCACCUGGACAUCAACUACUUUGUCCGUGUAAAAAAAAUUCUGCUCUUUAGCUUCGACACUAUUUAACCAAACGAAAGCGUGACCAACAGGGUGGGGGAGGAGGGACCAGGAACAGGGAAACGGAAAAGGAGUAUCUUAUCCAGGGCCUGUGACCUUCUGCACUGCUUUCAGGACGCUUCCCGGUAUUCCCCGCUUUUUCUAUACUAGUGCAUGAAGGGAACGUCGUACUCUACAAUCUCCUUCUUCCUACAUUACUUGAUCAUAAAUAUGACAUAUCAAGACGAUGCGGAGUCGAGCUGGAGGUGCCGAGGAACUGAAAUCUGAAGAAGAAGAAGAAAAAGAAGAAGAAAAAACAACUGAACCCCUCUUCAUCAUCAUCAUUAUAAUCAUUCACAUUAUUAUUAAGCUCAUCCACCUGGUUACUGUAAUUCCUAUAGUUUGAAUGCAGUAAGUUUUCACCUUCCCUUUUUUUUUAUUUUCUCCUUGUUUUCUUUCUUUCCUCCUUUUGUUCUUUCUCUUUUCUUCUUUUUCCCUUUUUUUUGCCUGCUCUGUCUCACGGAUGCCGAUCUUCCCUUUCCGCCCAACCAAAAACAAAACAAAACAAAGGAGGGAACGUUGACUGGAUGCUGGACUGACGAGCGGUCAGUAGGAGAAGAAAAGAAAAUGAAAGACUUAAUGCUAAAAGUCUGAAAGUGACAGAGAGAGAGAGAGAGAGAGAGAGAGAGAGAGAUGUGUGUGAAUAUAUUUGGAGAUCUAAGCCUGCCUCUACACUGUUAAUGAAAUCUCCACUGCAAUGACGGCUUAGAGAUGUUUUAUUUUUUUUCCCUCCUCUGCGUGAACGAAUGUAAAGAAACGGUCAGUAGCGCUCACUUUAAUUGUGACGGACGUUCAUCGUCCACUGUUCUAGCUAAACAGAGCUUUAUGAAUAUUAUUUUUGUAUUUCGAAACAUUUUAGGCACUGCUGUUAUUCAAUAUGUAAACAGAAUGCUUUGUAUAAUUUUACAUUUUCAGCCUUGUCAGGUGUGUGUGUGUGUGUGUGUGUGUCCCUCCCUCUUUUUAUUUCAUGGUGCCUCCCUCACUCAUCUCUCCUCCCUUUCCCUCUUACUCAAACACACACUCAGUGCUAGAAUGAGUCAAAAAUGCAGGAGUAUGAUACUGGAUCAUAUAUGCAAAAGUUUUAUGCAAGUGAUGGUCAUGUAGCUGUGACAGAAAUGCAGGUGAAAAGAGAGCUGAGCAAUAAGAGAUCGCUCACGAUGACGCUGAGGUGACAGGUUUCAGUAAGGUGUAGCCACGAGAUAAUAUUCGGAGGUCACAAGAUAAUAUAAGCAGUCCAUGAGAUAUAUGCAGGCCAUGGGAUAAUAUAUAGAGGCCUCAAGAUAAUAUAUUGUGGCCAUUAGAGAACAAAAAGAGUCAUUGAAGGUAUAUGGAGGCCAUGAGAUAAUAUUUGGAGGUCACAAGGUAAUAUAAGGUGUGCAUGAGAUACAUGGAGGCCAUGAGAUAGUUUAUGGAGGCCAUGAGAUAAUAUAAGAAGCCUGCAAGAUUUUUCAAGGCUAUGAGAUAAUAUGUGGAGGAGACGAUAUAAUAUAUUGAGGCCAUGAGACAGUAUAUGGAGGCCAUGAGAUAAUACAUGGAGCCCACAAGAUAUAUUGAGGCUAUGAGAUAAUAUAUGGAGGCCAUGAGAUCGUAUAUAGAGGACACAAGAUAAUAUAUGGAGGCCAUGACAUAGUAUAUGGAGGAGAUGAGAUAAUAUAUAGAGGCUAUGAGAUAGUAUAUUGAGGCCAUGAGAUAGUAUGUAGAGGACACAAGAUAAUAUAUGGAGGCCUUGAUGUAGUAUAUAGAUGAGAUAAUAUAUAGAGGCUAUGAGAUAGUAUAUUGAGGCCAUGAGAUAAUAUAUGGAGGCCAUGAGAUAGUAUUUUGGAGGUCACACAAUAAUAUAAGGAGCCCACGAGACAUAGAGGCCAUGACACAAUAUAUCGAUGCCAUGAGAUAAUACACUGUGGCCAUGAGAUAAUAAAAGGAGGCCAUGAGAUAAUGUAUGGGGACCCCAAAAUAAUGUAUAGAUCCCACAACUUAAUAUAUGUAGCAUGUAAGAUAAUACAUGAAGCCCAUGUUAUAAUAUAUGGAGUAUAUUAUCUCAUGUUCUCACUGUAUUAUCUCGUGUUCCCAGUAUAUCAUUUCAUGGUCCCAUUAUAUUAUUUUCCACACCUUAUUAAAAUUCAUGUGACCUCAGCAGCAUUGUGUAUUCCAGUCACACACCGAACAACGCACAAUUCAGCCCAGACUCUCAAAAGUUUUGUACCAACUCACACGAGAUACGAGUCAGGGUGAGACAGUCAGCAUUCGUCACUUUACUCACCACAACACACAGUACAUCGCUCCCGCUCAUCAGAACAGGUUCGAAAUUAGCGCGAGAUCGCUGUUUUGUUGAGUUUUUCAUUUUAAAAAUUGUCAACAUGCUCAGUCACAUGCUGUGAUGUCACACCUCCUUCAUGUGAUGUCACACCUCCUUCAUGUGAUGUCACACCUCCUUCAUGUGAUGUGACGGUUUAACAUAUUAGAUCACACCUAGUGAAAACAUACACACCAACGGUUCAGCUGAUCACAUGACCUCUCGUCUUCCCUCCAUCCCUCCACCCCCCAUCCCUCCACCGCUGUGCGUGUGCCGCAUAAAAGGGGGCGGUUCCUCGGGCCUGUGUCAGGUCUCAAUGCUGUGUACAGUUUUAAAAACGAUGACUUUGUACUCUAUGAAUGCAUGUUGUUGUUGCUGUUGUUGUUGUUGGGUUGUUUGUUUUGUUUUUGUUUUCCUCUUGCGAGCAAUAAGGAAUGUCUGUAUGAUGAUUAAGAAUGUUUUGAUAAGAAAAACGUACGGAUUUUAUCUGAAGCUUUAUGUAUGUGUAUAUUCAUAUGGGUGUGUACAUAUGGAUGGGUAAAUAUUCAUAUGCACAUACAUAUUCAUGUCUUGCAUGACAGGUGUUUUGGGGGAAGAAAAAAAAGAACAUUUUUUUUUUAUAAAAAGAAAAAUGAAAGGGGGCGGGGCUUAAUUGUGCAUGCUAAGAUGCUAUCAGGUGGCAGAGACCAUAAUAACUGUAAAAUCAGGUUGUUUUUUCCUUUUCUGGAUUAAUGUAUGUAGUAUGUAUGUACUGGGGGAGGGGCGGGGGGGCAUGUCAUGAACUCUGUAAUUUUCUUUGGAUUUGUCACUCUGUAAGCGCUCAAGUAGCCUCUGUGAUCAUUUCACGGUUGAUUUUAUUUUUUUUAUGUCCUUGUUGUUUUGUUUCUUCAUCUUUUCACAGAGAACUAUUCUGAGAGUCCACUGCUUAUCAGAUAUAUGCAAAAAGAAGCUGUAACUGUGAAGUAAUCUAGAACAGGAAACCCCACCCCCGAAAAUCUUCAUUUCUCCCUUCACAUGCACGCGCCCCGCUCCUAAAUGAACUCCGCCCCCAAAGCUCUCGAUCUCCAGCUCCACCCCCCCACGUGUAACAAUGCUUCCUUCCUAUUUGUUUCUGCUCCUUUCCCCACAUUAUCCUCUUUAUCUCAUGCAUCGAGUUUUGUUCUUUCUUUUUUAUUAUUAUUCCUCCUCCCCUUCUUUCUUUCUUUCUUUCUUUCUUUCUUUCUUUCUUUCUUUUUCUCUCUCUCUCUCUCUCUCUCAGUAUGCAGAACAGAUUCGUUCAGAUUUCCUGCGCAUGCUAGCGGGCCGCGUUAGCAAGUCGCCGCCCGCCGCAUGCACGUAGCCAAAACUCGUCCGCGAGCAUUUUUUUAAAAAAAAUUUAUAUAUGUAUUUUUAUUUUUAUUUUUUCUGAAUCGAUGUAGCACACACUAUCACCUAGAUCAGUAGCAGGCGGGUUUUAUUUUUUUAAACAGAAACAAGGAUCGCUACCGAGCGUUAAAAAAAAAAAAAAAGGAAAAAACAAAAAUGCAUGUUGCCUCGCGUGCUAGCCGAAUGCUUCGUCCUGCAUCCUCGUGCAUCUUGCGAUAGAUUUUAUUCAUUUAUUUGUUUUUCUUCUUAUAUGCAUUUAAAAGUUUUCAAAAGAGCUAGGUCCAGGAGAGCAGGAAAGAGACGGACUCACACACACACACACACACACACACACAAUUCAUCCCAAACAACCCCCGAAAUAAUAAAAAUAAUAAUUAUAAUUUAAAAAAAAAAGAAGGUAAGCACAGGAAAGAGCAUACAUUAUUUUUAUUUUUAUUUAUUUAUUUUUUUUUUUUUUUUGAAUGUAGCCAGUCAUGUAACAAAAAAAAUUUUUUUACCCAGAAUCCUCUCGCAUGUCUCUCACGUCACUACUCAGGUACCGUAGCUCUCUCUGUCUACGUUGGUGUUUUAUCAGUGCUUCCAAAAAUAAAUUAAUUAAUUUAAUUAAUAAAUUAAAUAAAUAAAUAAAUAAAUAACACGAUGUCAACUCUCUGAAGACGGAAAGCGAAAAACAAACGGAAAAAAAAGAGUGCGUAGAAACUGACGUGUUCACAAGUCUUCCUUUUCCUAUCCUGUUAUUUCUUUAGUCCUUUUUUUAUUUAUUUAUUGUUUAAUUUUUGCCGUAAUCUGCACCAUUUCUCUCCCCAUGCCUUUACAAUCAUUCCCUUUUUUUAAUUGAAUUUUUUACCAAUUAAUUUCCUAGAUAGUCAUAUAUAUAUAUAUAUAUAUAUAUAUAUAUAUAUAUAUACAUAAAAGAAAGAAAGAAAUGUCAAAACGUGAUCUGCCCUUAAAAAAACAAAGAAAAGAAAGAAAGAAAGGAGUGGGACUGAGACAGAUGGACAGAGUGUACGGUGUGUGUGGGGGAAAAAAAUAAAAAAAUAAACGAGUGUGUGUUGAAAGCGGAUCCUGCGAACGGCACCAGGAAAAUGGAGGAGAGGUGAAUGGAGGGGAAGAAGGAAAAACUGAAAAGAGGAGAGAGAGAAAGAGAGGAGGAAGGAAGGAAGGAAAGAAGGAAGGAAGCUGAUCGGCUUCUCAGUUGCUGAGUUUCUGAACUGACCGCUUUCCCUCUAAAGAUGAAUCCGGCUCCGCAGCCUAAAAAAAAUCCAUACAUAAAAGUGAGAGAACACACCAAGAGAAGAGAAGAGAAGAGAAGAGAAGAGAAGAGAAGAGAAGAGAAGAGAAGAGAAGAGAAGAGAAGAGAUGAGAAGAGAAGAGAAGAGAAGAGAAGAGAAGAGAUGAGAAGGAAGGAGACGGAGCGGUGCUUAAUACAGCUGGAGGAAUCUGUCGUGUCUUUCCUCUGAUCAAUGGAACCCCUGAAUGGAUGGACACCAAGCACAGGCACAUUCCUCCAUCACGAUGGCGGGACUUCACUCGUUCUUCCAAAACCGGACAGUGGUUUCAAUCUGGCGCUUCUUCUUCUUCUUCUUCUAUUCGCAUACAUAUCAAAUCUGACGCUGUGGAAGGAUUUUCCUUUUUCCUCGUUUUGCACUCGGCGGUUCCAUCCUGUUCUUCUCUUUGCAUCAAAUCUUCUUUUUAAAGUUAAAACAAAACUUUUUGCAUGCACUGCAGGUGGAGGCUAAAGAUUCUGGGCGCCGGGCUCCGGGCUCUCUGCUCUCCACCCUGUUUUUUAAGGGCAAAGAAAAUUCCAUGGAAGGUUUCCCAAGCUUGAUUCAACUCUAUGCAAUUCAGCCACUCACUAUUUACUGAAAACAAACACAAACACAAGCCAAAUCAGCAGACGGCACUCAGCUUCAUCCUCUUCCCGAAAGACAGAGGGUCAGAACUCUCCUCUCACUGCAGCUACACCUUCAUCCACGUGCAAAUCCAUCACGUCACGUCCAUCACGGGACUCGCAGGCAUGUGACUAUAAACAGUACUGGAAAGGCGCUACGCAUCUCUUCCAGGUCUUUCUGGUGUCUCUCUUCAACAUCUCAGCGUUUCUCCUCUUCUGUAGCGGAACUGCAUGGCAUAUAUAUAUAUAUAUAUAAAAGAAAGAAAACAACUACAAAUCAAAAGGAAAUCCAGAACGCGGAGAAAACCAAAGGGAGAUGUUUUAAAUCCUGACCGAUUUUCGUGUCUCUACGGAAGAGGAUCUCUCGCCUUCCACCUUCCACUCGGGGAAGAGGGUGGAGUUUGUUUGUUUUUUUCCCACACCAUCAGGACGGAUACCGGAAAAUCCCAGGGGACGAACUUUGUACUCAGGGGAGGGGGAAGAAAAAUGUAAAAAAAAAAAAAGGAAAAGAAACACACAAUAGAAUAUGAAUGCAAAUUAAGAAAAACACACACACACACACACACACA